ACUUGUUACAAUUCUCGCAGGAGGAUUCCCUAGUUAGCUCACCGAGCUAGUCUUUUAACCAUUUCUUAGUUUCUGUUGACAGAUGGAGGUGAUCAGUACUGCCUUCGCCGAUCCCAUGGCCGGCAUUCGAAACGCCGCUGAGAGCCGUGCGGAGAUCGCGCGACGAGUCGUUUCGAGCCUGCGAUCCGUCGCGCAGCCCGAUUUCUUCGCAGAGCCGAACGAAUUCGCCGACCUCGGGAACUCCGUCGGGGAGGCGAACCAGUUCGACGAGGAUCGCUUCGAAGAGAAGCAACCAUUGGUCGCCUCGCAUGCGGAAUGGCCGCCGCACCCCACGCUGCUGCGGCGAGGCAAGUCACUGGGGGCGGCGAAGAAGAGCCGCAAGGCGGCCAACGUCGACAUGCCCGCCUUGACCCCGCGAGCUGAUUCGGGCGCCGCCAUGCGGGGAGACCUAGCGCGCCUCGCGCGGAAGGUCGUAGCUUCCCUCCCCGCUGCCGCUUCUCUUCCCGCUCGCCGCCAUUCGCCGCCGAACGCGGCGGAGGAGGAGGAGCAAGAGGAGACCGAAUCUGACCUGUACGGCGUGGGUGUAUCGGCCGCUGCUGAUGGAUUACUGUACGGCACGCGUGGAGAUAACGCGGAUUGUUAUAACGAGGACGGGAAUCAAUUCUAUGACGUGGGGAUGGGUGGCUGGGCAGCAGUGGAAGGGGGGUUUAGGGUGGCGGAAGACGAGGUUGGGGGAGGGCGGGCGGAGGGCAGCGAGAGCAGCGCGCUGGCGGACGGGGAGGGGGACUUGUACGGCGACGAGGAGGAGGAGCGUUGCGAUAACGAGGGUGGUACUAACGAGGGUGAUCAUAGCGAGGAUGGAGAUGGAAACAGCGGGAGGGAGGGAGAGUUUGCGAAUGAGGGAUUGGAGGAGGGGGGGUUGCGAGGAGGAGAGGGCAGUGUGGCGGGGGAAGGAGCAGGCGGGGCGGAAGAGGCGGAGGAGGAGGAGGAAGAAGAGGAGGAGGGGGAGGAGUCAGGGGACUUGUACGGGGAGUGCGGCGACAGUGUGACGCGCGAGGGGGAGGCGUGGGAGGCGGGAUGGGAUGAUGGCGCUGGCGAGCAGAAUAGCGCGGACGAGGGGGAUAUGGCGGUGGGGAGGGAGGAGGAGGAAGAUGAGGGAGGAUUAGGUGGAGGCACGUAUGGUGGGUGGGCAGGGGAACUGCAAAUGCGGGGUGAGUGGGAGGUGGAGGAGGGAGGCGAGGAGUGGGAGGAGGAGGAGGAGGAAGGCGAGGGGGAGAGGGGAGAGUGGGAGGAGGAGCAGGAAGAGGCGGGGAGGGAAGGGGAGGAGGGUGUGUUUGCGUCUGCAGAGCCGCCAUAUUCAGAGCCGCCAUAUUCGGAGCCGCCAUAUUCGGAGCCGCCAUAUUCCGAGGCGCCGUGUUUGCAGUCGCUCUAUCACGAGCUCACCCAGUCAGGCGAGCAAGGAGUGGAAGGGGAUGCUGCCUCGGAGGAUCUGUACCAAGCCACGUCGGCACACGGCGGCGCCACGCAGGCACUGGAUGAGUCAGCAGGGGGGGGCGUGGCGGGGGCCACAGAGGGUAUGGGAGAGGCGGCGUGUUACGGUUCAGUGGUUGACAGUGGCGGGGUGUUUGGUGGCGGCGCUGCAUUCCGCGAGCAGGGCUCGCCCCCGCCCGCUGCACCUUCCUGCUCGGCGCUCUUCUCUCACCAUACCGACCCACCUCACCCGGCCCUGGCUCAAGGCGGGCUGGCGGGGCUGCGGCAGCGGAUGCGGUUCUCCAUCGAUGUGGAGAUCGACGACGACUCCUCCUACCUCGCAGACGACGUCAGCGGCGACAACUACGACGCCGCUAGCGAGGAUGUCAGUAGCGAGGUGCAGCAGGGCCAUGGGGGCGUGAUGGAUGGCGUGGCAGCAGCAAUGACUCACAUGAUCAUGCAUGGUGGCGGUGAUGGUGAUGGUGGUGAUGGUGGUGAUGGCAACAUCGGAGGCAUGGUGGAUGCCUACAAUACUUGUGUCAGUCCGAGACUGCAGCCGCCAUUUGGUGGUGCUGGUGCUGGUGGCGGUGGCGCAUGCGAUAUCUACAUUCACGUGCGGCCGCCCACAGGGGAGGGGGGAGACUCGGAGGCGGGGGUGCUCUCCGCGCCCACGCUCAGCAGCAGCGCUGGCAGCAGCCCCAGAGGGGGGGUGCACGGGCCAGUGCAUGGUGGCGGGGGCAGGCUCAGUGGCUUGCCAGUCGCUGAUGCGCAGAACGCCACGUGGCAUAAGGGGAUUGGCUAUGCGAGCAUGCAUGCGGGGUUGAGUCCCCUGGGAGGAGCAGCGAGGGGGCAGGGCGAGGCAGUGGCGGCAGAGGGCCCAGCCAUCGGCCAUUACGACGCAGCACUAAGCCGCCUGGCGGCUGUGGUGAGCGCGCAGGGCCCGGGAUUGCACUCCCUCAACAGCAUCAGUCCGCACAAGCACGUGAGCCCGCACAGCAAUGCCAGCCCGCACAGCAAUGCCAGCCCGCACAGCCAUGCCAGCCCGCACAAUUACAAGAGCCCGCACCACAUGAGCAGCCCCCAUGGCAACUUGGGGUCCCACAAUCACAGCAGUCCGCACAGCAACGUCAGUCCGCACGGCUACAGCCCUGGCACCAUGCAAGGCCACUUCAGCCCGCAUGGUGUGACUGUAUCGUCCGUCUCUCCACACGCCAUGCCCUCAAUAGUGUCACACGCACCAGGCAGGGAGGGCCACAAGUCGCCUCUCCGAAGAGACGUGAGUGACGUGCACGGACAGGGGGGGCAGGGGCCAGAGGGGCAGCAUGCUUGGCUGCAGCAGCAGCAGUGGCAGCAACAACACCGGCAAGCGGAGAUACAGCAGCAGCAGCAGCAGCAGCAGCAGCAGCAGCAGCAGCAGGCACAGCUGGCACAAGUUUCGGCGGUGCCAACUUCCCGACUGGCGCGAACGAUCUCCAUGCAGCCUGCUGCUUCCGCGGCUGCUGCUGCUGCUGGCGCACUGAAGGCUGGUCUACCACAAGGUCAACACUUCCCUGGCAACUCCCCAACCGGUGCUCUCACACAUUCGCUCAGCGCGGGGGCGGCAACAGCAGCACGACUGGCACGCACAACUUCCAUGCAGCCUCCUGCUUCCCGCAAUGCUGCUGCUGGAGCUGCCGGUGCUGCUGGGGCGCUGCAGGCCAGUCAAGCACCAGGCGUGCCAUUCCCUGGCAAUUCCCCAACCAGUGCCUUCACACGGUCUGUGAGCACGGGGGCAGCAGCCCACGUGGUCGCCGCAGCAGCAGGCAGGGGCGACAGGCGCCCAGAGCCUGUCGCUGCCGAGCCCGCCGGCAGCAACGGCAGGGGCAGUGCGGUGCGGAAGCUGCAGGUGGAGACGCAGAAUCUAGGCCGAACUGGCAGCAGGAAUAUCAGCAGCAGCACCAGAAGCACCAGCCUUAGUGACAAGAAAGUGAGUGCCCGAACCACCGGCGCUGGUGGUGGUGGUGGUGGGCGUGGCAGAGGGACUGCGGGUGGUGGUGCAGAGACAGGGGGCAAGGCUGGUGCAGGGGGGGCUACAGGUGGCAAGGGCAGCAGCAGUGGCGGCAGUGGAGUGAGCAAGUCGCCCUCGCGUGCGCGCCUGGCGUCGUCCCUCUCGCCCCCCUCUCGCCGCAUGCUGGAUCAGCUGCCUGCCACCACCCAGCCGCGCCCCCCCAUGGUCAAGUCCAAGAGUGAUCGGGGCGGGGGUGUCACGGGUGGGAGUGCAACGGGUGCCAGUGACAAGGGUGGGAGUAGCAAGGGUGGGAACGCCCAGGCUGGAGGAGGGCAGACCACGGCGAGGCUGCUGCUGGAGGAGCAGCAGAGGAAGCAGCAGGUGAAGCAGCAGCAGAAGCACAAGCUGCAGCAGCUGCUGACCAGCGACACUCCCAGCAAUGCUGCCCCAACCAACCCUAGCAACAGCAGUGGUGCUGCGGCUGCCUAUAUUCGCUCCGCUUCUCUCUCGCGUUCCGCAUCGAGGCUCGUGCGAACGGCGUCGGCAGUGGGCGCUCAGGAGAGGCCAGGGAAGGGAAUUGCUGGCGGUGCCAGUGGCGCUGUUGGUGGUGGUGGUAGGGGCGCCGCAAGAGGUGGGGCUGCAGUGCUUGGCAGAAGUGUGAGCAGCGUGGCUGGUGCAGGGGCAGCGGCAGGGGGUGGCGCAGCAGGAGGUGAGGCAGGUGUUCCCUCAGCAGGCCUGAUUCGCACCAAGAGUGGAGGCAAGCUCAAGGCAGGAAAGGCUGCUGUCAGUAAAUCUCCCUCGGCGUCCGUGCCUCCAAGGGCAGCAGCUCAACGGAUGUAUGUUGGCAAGUAGACAGUCACACAUGCCAGCAUGUGCAGUUAUAUCGGCCCCAUGCUCAGUCUGACUUGCAUAACCAGCCCGUCAGGAAUAAGAACAGUUGCAAUCAAACUACAACAUGAGU